UCGAUGGCGGGAUUGAAUUUUUAAAACUUUUUAUAUUUAUUUCAAUAAUGUAAUUUAAGUGUUUCAGUGAUUUAAUAUUCCUAAACCUAAUACCGAUUAUUUUACAAUACCCCUCCAAAUUUUGUCGUUAACAUCAUGUGUGGUCGUACAGGAUUGACCCUCAAGCGAAAUGAGAUUCAGUGCGCAUGUAGUUAUAAGCCGAGUAAAGAACAAAAAUACGUAAAACCACAUUGGCUGGAUGAACACAACGACGGCAAAGAAUACAAACCCUCAUACAACAUUGCUCCAACAGAUGUUACUCCUGUUUUAAUUUCAUCAAGUAAAUAUUCUGCACAGACCAGUAGAGUGCUUAAACCUAUGAUGUGGGGCAUUAUACCGCCUUGGCACAAGGAUGACUACAAAAAUCAUAAUCUAAGUACAAACAACUGUAGAAUAGAGAAUGUUAAGAAUUCUAAGCUGUAUCAUCCGAUCCUGAUGAACGGAGGCAGAUGUGUGAUUGUUGUCGAAGGUUUUUACGAGUGGCAGACAACAAUUAAAGCUAAAGUUAAACAGCCAUAUUAUAUUUAUAGCAAGCAAGAUGACAAUGUCCUGAUUGAUGAUCCUAAAACAUGGAAUAAUAUUUAUGAUGAUGGGAAUGGAUGGAAAGGAGUUAAGUUAUUGUAUAUGGCAGGAUUGUACAAUGUAUGGCAGAGGAACGAAACAGUAAUGUAUUCAUACUCUGUGAUAACUAUGGAGUCUAACAACACAUUUGACUGGUUACAUCAUAGAAUGCCGGCUAUUUUAGACACUGAAGAACAAAUUGAUUGCUGGCUGGAUAUUGAAAAUGUUCAUGCUGAUGCUGCGCUUGCUUGUCUAAAACCAGUACAAGCACUAGUAUGGCACCCAGUGUCUACACUUGUUAAUAAUGCAAAGAAUAAAGAAGAUAUCUGCAAUAAAAGAGUUGAAACUAAAAAUAAGGCGGCUCAAAAAACCCUGACAGAUUUUUUUUCAAAAGGCGUUAAAAGAAAAUCUAAUGAAGAUUCUGUUUCUGAAUGUAAAAUGUCUAAGAAAUAAAUUAUAAUCUAUUUUUCUUAUUA